UAUCUGAGUGACUCGGGGUUCUGGUGUCUGCCUCCGAGCGUGUGUGUGUGUGUGUGUUUGUUGGUGGGAGAAAAGAGAUAAAGAGAGAGAGAGUAAGGGAGGGAAAGGCAAGCAGCGUUUCUUCUUCCCCCCUUUAGCCUCCCCGUCUCCCUGCUCCCUGUCACUCCAUCCUUCCUCCCCUCUCCUGGACCACCCUCCAGCCCUGCUUCGAGCCUGGACCGAGACCCCUCUACCACCCAGACCACCCCGGGACCCUUUGACUCUCCUCACUUCUCCGCCCCACCAACCAGAACCUCUGAGCAGGAAUUCCUCUCCUCUCCUCCCCCUGACCGCUGUCUGUCAACAACUCAACUGCACAAUAUCAGCUGAAUCCACUUCCACAAUUUAUUUGAUCUUAAUACGCUUCUGCUGGGCAGGCGCAGCAAGGUGCAUCGGCCAGACGUCCCGUCUCCCCAUUCUGUUGGAAGGCUGCCCGCCACAGGUCACAUGACCUGGAAGAAAAGACCUGGGAGACUUUUGGGAUCCCUUUUCGCAUGGGCUGGUUAUCAACCUGAAGGGAAGUCCAAAGGCUGAUGAACUGAUCUGUGUGCAACCAUAUUGCUCUGGUGCCCUGGGAACACAACGGCCACCGCAAAUCUGGUGACUGGCUGGCUGGAAGACCACCCUUCCCCUUUUCCUUCUGAGGACAUCCUAUUCCAGGACGGUGCUUUGGUCUCUCUUCCCCCCAGCAUGGAGCCCACCAAAGUCCAGUCAGAGGGUGGCCUCAAUGUCACCCUUACCAUCCGCCUCCUCAUGCAUGGAAAAGAGGUUGGAAGUAUAAUAGGAAAGAAAGGGGAAACGGUAAAAAAGAUGCGAGAAGAGAGCGGAGCACGGAUCAAUAUUUCUGAGGGCAACUGUCCAGAGAGGAUCGUCACCAUCACUGGACCAACAGACACCAUCUUCAAGGCUUUUGCUAUGAUUGCCUACAAAUUUGAGGAGGACAUAAUCAAUUCCAUGAGCAACAGCCCAGCAACCAGCAAGCCCCCUGUCACCUUAAGGCUUGUAGUGCCAGCCAGCCAGUGUGGCUCCCUCAUAGGCAAAGGAGGCUCCAAAAUAAAAGAAAUGAGAGAGUCCACAGGGGCCCAGGUUCAGGUGGCAGGGGACAUGCUGCCCAACUCCACAGAACGUGCAGUUACAAUCUCUGGAACCCCAGAAGCCAUCAUCCAGUGUGUCAAACAAAUCUGUGUGGUCAUGCUGGAGUCUCCACCAAAAGGUGCCACCAUCCCUUAUCGCCCAAAGCCUGCCUCCACGCCAGUCAUUUUUUCUGGUGGCCAGGCCUACACAAUUCAGGGACAGUAUGCCAUACCACAUCCAGAUCAGUUGACCAAGCUCCACCAGUUGGCUAUGCAGCAAACCCCCUUUACCCCUCUCGGACAGACCACCCCUGCUUUCCCUGGUUUGGAUGCCAGUCCACCAGCCAGCACCCAUGAACUCACCAUUCCUAAUGAUCUAAUAGGCUGCAUCAUUGGACGCCAGGGAACCAAAAUAAAUGAGAUUCGACAGAUGUCUGGAGCGCAGAUCAAAAUUGCCAACGCCAUGGAAGGCUCGUCAGAGCGCCAGAUCACCAUCACGGGGACUCCUGCUAACAUCAGCCUGGCCCAGUAUCUCAUCAAUGCCAGGUUCAGGGACGUGGCUGCCAUGUGGAAUGACCCCUCAUCCAUGACUACAUCCUGAAGUCAUCCCCCCCCCCCCCUCAAAAUCUGCUUCUGUUUGCAGAAGCUAACAUCACAACCACCGCUUCUCAAUUAACCUCUAUGUGUUAUCCCAUGGAACUUCCCCUAGACUCCCUUGGUUUGGCAUAACACUUUAGCAUUAGCCUGUGGGAGACCUAUAGUAAAAGUCAUACUAACAACAACUGGGAUUUGUUUUAAAUGGAUGUAGCCAGUGUAUCGUUAAGAAUAGUUUGACAUUUUGGGAUAUUCAGUUAUUAUUGUUUUUGCUUAGAGUUAGAUAAGACAGAUUGAUACCACUUUCAUCUCUUUUAGUUAAAUAUGAAGCUAGAUCCAGGAGAUGCUAAGCUAAGGCUUAGCCUGGCUCUAUCCAGAGGUUAGACCAUCUGCAUACCAUCGACUCUGAAGCACACAUAUUAACAUGGUGGUUGCCUGGCAACCUCACUUUGAUGACAAGGCUCCAGUACGUCACUGCUCCGACACAGUUGGGCACAUAUCCCUCCGUAAAAAACACAACUUGCCAUUUUUACACUCCAGUUUUUCUAUGAAUUGAACAGACAAGCUUGGAAAUGUUAAUUAGUGAGUUUUAAAAAAGGUGCUAGUAAGCAGAUUCUGCUACCUUAAGACAGAGCCGGGCUAGCUGUUUCUCCCCCGUUUUCAGUCUAUGCUAAGCUAAGCUAAUUAUCUCCUGGCUUUAACGUGCAGACAUGAGAGUGGUAUUGAUCUUCUCAGCUUACUGCAAGAAAGUGAUUAUAGCGUAUUUUCUAAAAUGUCAAGCUAUUCCUUGAAGUAUUUAUUUAGCAUGCCUCGUUCCAAGAAUAAUACUGUAUUUCUUUUUGUCAUUACUACAGUAUAUUAGAUACAUUUGCCUAUUACGUCCUAUUGUAUCAUUGUCUGCAAAGAGUAAAAAUAAUAAAAAGUGUAAAAUGAACAAAAAAGCAAAGAAAAAAUGACUAAACACAUGACUGCCACUUGCAAUGCUGUUAGAAAGAAGAGUGAUAUGAUGCCUCUGUCAGGGAAUCCAGCAAUUUCAUGACACCACCAUUUCUUUUCUGUCCACUGCAUGGCUUCAUGAGGGGGUUAGUAUUGCAUUGUUGUGUUACCAUAUUUGGUAACACAAAUAUGGUACGGGACGGUGAGAAGUUUUAUGUAAAAGGGUACAAUGACAAUAUGGUAUAACAAAUUUAAAAAAAUAACUGGUGCCAGCAAAAAUUGGAGCACAAAUCCAACCCUUGCAGCAUAACUUUCACUGUCAAGCGAAAGUUCUUCUUUCACAGCUGUUUUAUUUUCUCUGUCUGCCUCCCCGUAUCUUCCCCUUCCCCCUGCUCCCCUCCCCCCACCCCUCUCCCCCGCCUUCCCUGAACUGUUCUAGGCUGACGUCUGAAGUCACUGGAAUGGGCACACUCUAGUUUCUACCCAUCUUCCCUCAGUGCAUCACAUGACCUUUGAGCGAAUGGCAUUGCACCUAGUACAUAUUUAUUUCUCUGUAUUUGACUGUCCUGAUAUUUAAGUGACUUUAACUUUUAUGAUUUCUAGUAUUCACUGUAAACACGCGUAUCUGCACUGUUACUAGGAUUCCUCACACCUAUCCGAAACUCCGUUGGUUCUGUUUCUGAAAGAUCACUUUACUUUUUUGACACUCUAGUACCUUUCAUAUCAUCUCACGCACCACACCACUUUGUUUUAACACUGUGUCCCAAAACAUUAUUACAAAACCGUCUUCUCAAUUAGGUUUUGCGGGAAACAUAUUUUCCAUCCUGGUGGGAGAGGUUAGCCUUUAGGACUUUCUGACAGAAAGUCCUUUCUGACCGACGCACAAAACGGUCGCUGUUUUAAACACGUGGUUAACAUUGUUAAUUAAAACACUACAAAAAAAUGUGGUCCCGUGAUUUAAGUAACGUACAUAAGUUAUGCACAAGAUGAAGGUUAAGUAUGUUAUGUAACCAAGUCAACAUUGACAUUCGGUUUCACACGGGACACGAACAGCGGGCUCUCCUCUGUGAAAGUCCUGUGUUGGUUGACCCAUCCAUCCACCAUGAACUUCUCUAUAACGCGGAAUUUGUUGGCUUUGUUCAGAGACGUACUGUAUUUCUGAUAGGUCAAAGACAAACGUAAUCUGGGACAAAAUAUGUUUCCCUCAAAACAUAAUAGAGGAUGCAGUUGUAUGGGAAUGCCAUUUUUAGGAGACAGCAUUGCUUUGUUUUACCUCGUUUUAACAGAUCACUGUACGUGUCUUCCUUGUAUUGCAGUCACUUGAGAGUAAAUGCAAAGUAAACCUAAAAAUUUAUAAAACCAAGGUUGUCCCUCCUCCACCCCGCAUUCUAAUUAUUGACACCUUUUUAUUCCAUAUUCAAACAACUACAGUACCGGUGUCAAUGCAUCACUAAACACAAAAGUUCAAUAAGCUACUCUAAACCAGAUAUUCUAUUCCAGUUUAUUUUACACUGAUUUUAUGACUGAUGAAAUCAGUGCUUUACUGUAGACAUGUGCCUGCUUAUCUUAGCGUUGUAUGCACAUUAUAGAUGGGUCUGCAUGACACACAAAACCUACAGCAUUUCCAAUUUAUUUCAAAAGUCAAACAGGUAGAAAGGUAGAUUGAGUGGUGAAAGGGAAUGGAGCAAGCCGCGAACAUUCAAGUGUAUUUGUUAUCUCAAUGUGUCACUCCGACUCCAAUUUAAAAUGGGUACAGGCCAAAAAAACAUCCACUGUAAUACACAAAUUUUCAUCUUUCUGAGUUUCAUGUGCGACCUGACAAAAAGGUUGGGUGAAAAAAAUGAAAAUAAUCCAAGUAAAUGACUGCAGUGAAGAGUGAAAUCCAAAUGCAUGCUACAAAUAAACCACUUAAUGCCCCUAUAUUUCACAAACAUAAUAUAGCCUGAAGUUAUCAUGUUAUUCAAACUGCCAUCUCCUAACAACUGUGUGUAAGAGUCAUGGGCCAUAUAGAAAGGUCUCAGGAUUGUCUAGUGUAUAUUUGCACUCACAUGCAGCUCAUUUAAGGUUUCAGUGUAGGCCAAAAGGGCUGUUUUUUAGACAACUGUUUGGUAGGCAUCAAGCCGUUCCAGAUACGGAAAAAGUUAUGUGUUUCUGUUUAGCAUGUAUGAAAGAAACUGUUGAUGUCAAUAAUCCUGUUGUUGGUUUCGCAGGUUAUGUCAUUCAAUCAGGCUACAUAUACGUACAAGGCUUACAUAUACAUUUAUGUAUAACUCUCUGCAGUUGCCAUCGAAUAGAGUAUCUCCUUGGUUACAUCACGUCGGACAUCUGUUUAGCUGUUAGCUUGUCUUAAUCAAGCCCCAUUCAAACACAGACCUGUUCAAACUAAAGCUGAAUGUAUUUCAAAAUGGGUUUGAACUGCUAUCAAUUACGUCAUACUCGAUUAUAACACCUUUAAGGGUGUCUUUUUAAACAGGCACUAGAAUUAGUACAGUAAAACAUGAUGCAGAAUGAUGAAUAUAGUAGAGUAGAAAUGCUUAUUUAUCAAAAAGUUUGGAAUUUCCUUAGGUUGGGCAGGUUACUCUGAAAAUGAGGUCCGUUACAGAUGACUUAUUUAAAAUUUUAAUCUACAAUUUAUCACACUAGAUAUAUACAAUGUUAUGAAAUCUGAUUAUUUUCUAUUAUGUUAGAUAUAGAACAAUACGUUUCUGUAUGUUCUGCAAACAUAUGAAUGGAUGGACUUACUACUAUCUGCAGCUCUCAUUUCAAAAUGUAGGCUAUAAGAAACAAAAAUAAUCCAUCUAUCACUUCACAGUCAAACAUGAUCACGGCCUAAAGUUAACUUUUUUUGUCCACCAGCCACUGUGGAAGGUAGAUUUUGAAAAUCUUCUAAUCACACAGGCUUUUUACCAGCCAAUUUAUUUGGCCUCAUAAAGUUGAAAUACAGAACAUGUACGAGUAACGUUCUUGAAUUUGUUAAGAAUACACAUUUAAGUGCUGCCGGCCUCUUCACCCCAGUAAUGUGCAGUCACAUUUUUUAGCUCAAAUCCAAGGAAAUGGCGGACUUGGGUUAAAAUGUGAAAGAACAACUGUGGCAAAAAAUAAAUGAAAGAAUCCCUCAGUUCUCAUUGGCUACCCACCAACAUGCAGGUAGAUUGACAGUUUCACCCGCCAAUGACAGAAUUCACCUGUAUUUGGCGGGUGGUCGGGUGUUAAUUUCAGGCCCUGGCACUCCCACAAGUAAUAUGAUGUUUAUCUGAUGGCUGCGUGUUACUGAUUCCAGGUAGCUACUACUUUUUAAUCCACUUUAUCUUAAAACAUUUACACAUUUUACUCCCAAAGCACAGAUAUGCAUCACUCCAAUGAUAACUAUAGAAAUGAUGUUUGUGGAAUAUUCUUUAGUCAUAGCUGUUUAGGCUCAGGUACUUUGCUUUUGGUUAGAAUUGAUUAUACAUCCUUUGCUAGUCAGUUAAUACAUUGCUGUCGUCGAAACAAGGCUGCUUUACAUUAUGACAUUUACAUUUCACAUUUAUACAUUGCUUCACAUUUACAUUACGAAUGUAAAUCUGUACAGUGUAAAGAGCUCGUCUGGCUGCAUCCAGAUGUUUCAGAUGACCAAACUGAGGAACAGCUGGUUGAGGGUGUCAUUGAAAAACUUUCCAUCAUUUACAGAAUCUGAACAUUGAAGUACUUAAAUAACUUUUUGCAAAGUGCACAUUAAUGGCUGUUAGUAGGUGUAAAGUGUCUGCUGGUUGGUUGCCAGCCAAGAUGCAGUCAUGCUACUUUACAGUAUGACCGAUGAUUUUCUCAGUUGCCUUUUUAAUUGUUCUAUCUUUCAUAAUCAUGGCUUCGCUCAUGUGCUCAUCAUUCUACGAUGCUGUGUUGGUCAAACACCUCUUGUUGUGUUGCUUUUGUCGUUUUACUGAUACAUUAACACUUUUUGUUACUGUGCUGGAGCAGCAAAAAAUGAAAGGCUGGCACUAUAUGAUGCUGUUUGAGGAAAAUGUGUCUGAUCAUGUUUAAGUUUGAUCGUUUGCUUCUGAACGUCUGCAUUGGAUUCAUUAUUUAUUGAGGAUGAUUCUGAGAUGUUUUGUAAAAAGAAGAGAAUAAAGUUUGUGUUUUUUCCCUUCA